CUGCAGUCUGGGGGCCAGGAACAUGAAAUAGGAAUAUUAUAGCAGAGGCAAAUUAGUCCGAGUGGCUUGGGCUCUGGCCCAUUUGCUAUUUAAGCCUCCUCUCCUGACCCUGACCCUGACCCUGAUCCCUGAUCCCCCAUUUUUUUUUUUACGAAGUUCCAUCCAACUAUUUUCCACUCGUUCAGGUACAUACAUUGAUCUCUCAAGUCUCUCUCUACAUCUCAAACCGUCACAAUGCAGUACAAGCUCCUCGCUACUCUCCUCUUCGCGGCUACCACCCUAGCCACCCAGACGGACACCACAACCGCAACUGCUACCAGUGUUGGCACCACCAGCACCGAUGACUCCAGCACUGAUGACUCUAGCUCCGACGACCUUAGCUCUGAACUGCUCGCUGAUGUUCCUGUGUCCAUUCUGACUGCGAUUGAGUCGGCCAUCCCAACCAGCUGGAUCAACGAGAUGAUGACCCCGGCUUCUGAGUCUGCUUUCAUCAGCCAGCUCGAAGCCGGCACCUACCCAGCCUGGUACAGCAGUCUCCCCUCCAGCGUCCUCGCCUGGGCCAGCCAAUCCGGUGCCAGCUUUAUCGCCGACUUGGCUGGUGCUACCGCAACCGCAACUGCAACCGCUUCAAGCGAUGCAUCGGAAGAUGAUACUAACACCUCUGCCUUCGUGACGAGCACCGUUGGCAGCCCGGUGUCUGCUACCUCGUCUGCGGUCUCUGGCACCGCCGCCGCCUCCUCUUCCGCCUCCUCCGCCCAGAAGUCUUCUCCCUCAUCCUCCACCUCGACUGGUGGUGUCCCUGCUGCCACUGGUCCCGUUGCUAUGAGUCUUGCUGGUGCGGCUGGUCUGCUGGGCUUGGUGAUUGCUCUCUAGAGUGAUAUAUAUACUAGGGUUGGUUUCGGGGUUGCCGUGGGGGAGGGGUUGUUAACACGCUUCAAUGUAUUUGUAUAUACUUAUUCAUGGGGUAGGCCUCUAUUUAUAAUUGAGCAUUUCGGAGAGAUCGCGAGAUUCUUAUCAAUUCAUUGACCGAUCUAGUACGUAUUUAAUUAAUCCCUAAGAUCUUGUACCGCACACUCAUACUCA